CGAGUGACGUCAUCCGCGGGGCGUCCGCCCAAGGGGGCCGUUUGGAGGUGCCGGCGACGCUGGCGGUGGCGACGCGGAUCACGCUGGGCAGCUUCGCCUUUAACUUCACGGCGGCGCGCUGCAACAACCUGCCGCGCACCACCCCCAACGCCACCGUGCAGUGGUCGUCCAAAGCCACGCCCACCCUCCCCGCGUGCAAGAACCUCACCUUCUGGAGCGGCGCGUCUUGCUCCGCCACCUCCUCGUACUUCCUCACGAGGCCCCCAAGCCUGACCACCAACACCUCCCAAGCCACUCUCCCCUAUUCGACGGCAGUGUCGGCUCGCUGCGCUAUCGACAACAUGUGCCAGUACACCAAGUGCCCUGCGGGCUCCACCUGCAAGACAACCACGGACACCAGAGGCGUCACCUGCGCUUGCAAUGAGGGCCUUUACGCCUACCAGGGCACAUGCCAAACCCUAGAGAUCGCAGUGCAAUCGCCGGCCUAUGACGCGCUGAUUGACGUCACUGCCAUGGGGGCGCCCACGGAGGUGGAAGCCAAGCUGCCAGUCGCCACGCAGCUGGCAGUGGGCGCCUACAGCGUCCCCUUCGACCCCUCCUCGCGCUGCACCCGCGUGCCUGAUGGCACCACGUAUGCGGGCGUGAGCACGCCUGUGAGCGUGCAGUGGGGCACUACCAGCGCGCAGGGGGGCCGGGCGAGUGCGCCGUGCUCGUCGCUGUGGUUCUUCAGCGGCAGCAGCUGCAACAGUGGCACGUCGUUCAGCAGCCUCAGCAAGACCUCCUCCAGCCAGACGGCCACGAUCACGCCGACCACUCCACUCGCCUCUAUUGAUUGCCCAAUCGCCAUGCCGUGCAAGUACGCCUCAUGCCCCAACAACUCGGUGUGUCUGGACGCAAGCGACAGCAAGCGAGCCACCUGCAAGUGCGACGAGGGUUAUAUUGCCGUCAACGGCACCUGCCGAGACAAGUGCAGUGUGCUCUACCCGGUCAACGCCUAUUGCAUCAGGGAUGCGGUCUUGGAGCCACAAUGCUACUGCAACAAGGGAUUCGAUAUGAGCGCUGAGGACGGUACCUGUGUUGACAAGUGUGCAUCAGUAAACUGUGCGCUCAACAAGACAUGCACAAAGGAUGCUGACGGGACUCCAUCUUGUACCUGCAGCACCAGCUUCAAGCUGGCGGCCGACAACACCACUUGCAUC